CCCGCCCCACCGGUCGGACGGCCCAAAACUAGGGCAGCUAUAAAAGACGUCGCCUCCAAAUGGGCUCAUUUCCCGUUACAGCUGCCUCGCCGCCGGACCACUCCAGAGAUGAAGGCGCGGCUAGUUCUGUUGGUGGCCCUGUUCGCGGCCGGCUGCUAUGCUGAGCAGCAAGGCCAGGACAGCGUGGAGAUCAAUGAGGCCGACGCCGCCCAAGAGCGCCUGAUCGCCCUCUACUCGACCUUCACGCUGUCGAGGAUCUCGAGCACGACGACCACGGUGGCGUUCUCCUGCAACAUCGUGCCGGCAGCGGCCACCGCCUGCAAGCGGCGCAGGAGGAAGCGUUCCGCCCGGCCCGCCACUGACGCCAUUCAGCUGGCUUCCCCGGAGAUGGCGGCACCCGAGCUGAGCUCAUCCCUCGACCGCAGCCAGCGGGACACAUCCGAGGCCUCCGGCAGGCUCUUCUUCACCAUCUGGACCACAUCCUUCACGACGCUCACCACCACGUUCAUGUCAACCAACUUCUCGACCACAGUGUCGUACACGCUGCUAUGCACGGCACCUGGCCAGAGCCUGCUGCCCCUCUGCUGAGGCCCGCAGUGGUUCGCCGAAACUCGCCUCCGACACACGCUGAGCUUGUUGUUAUUGUUUCUCACGUUGUUACGCGCAAGCAAUAUGACCAAGGACUGUUUCUGUUACCGCAUGCUGUAAAUAUGAGCAUUUACCAAAAUGAAGAAAAAUACAGGGACGUGAAUCGAGA